AUGGCCUUGAAACGUGCCGCGUCGCGGUUGCCUGCCUGGGAUACCGGAUCGUGGCGAAGGAUGGGACAAGUCACUGGUGGGAAGUUUCGAAGCAAAGCCUCAGCGAUCAGCAACGUCACCAACGAACGCAUCGGACUUGCUCUGAAACUCGGUCACUAUCCCACGAUAGCUCCCAACGGGAAGGCUCGGCCUCCACCGACGAUCGGUCACGUUUCUGGCGCGAUCUGGUCUCAGAGCGAGCUAGAUUAUAAGAGUAGUUCUCGGUGCCAGGCUCUAACUGCCAGCUGCUUCCGUAUUCUUCUUGCGACAGACAACCAUAUCGGCUACGCGGAGAAGGACCCUGUUCGCGGGCAAGACUCGAUCAACACUUUCCGCGAGAUUCUUGAACUUGCACGCGACUAUGAAGUUGACUUCAUUCUACUGGCUGGUGACUUGUUUCACGAAAACAGGCCAUCAAGGACCUGUAUGCACCAGGUCAUCGCGCUACUGAGGGAAUAUACGCUCGGCGACAAGCCUGUGCCGUUCGAGCUGCUGAGUGAUCCCUUUCCUGCUAUUAACUACGAGGACCCUAAUCUCAAUGUCGGCAUUCCUGUCUUCGCCAUCCACGGCAACCACGAUGAUCCUCAAGGGACUGGACCGGAGGGUGCCCUUUGCGCGCUUGACGUGUUGUCUGUGUCUGGCACGCUCAACUACUUUGGCAAGAUUCAGCUGUCUGCAGACGAGGCGACCGAAACGGAAGACUCGGGCAUCAGGAUCCGGCCUGUCUUGCUGCGCAAAGGCACAACACACCUCGCAAUGUACGGCAUCGGCAAUGUCAAGGAUAGCCGCAUGCACUACGAGUUGCGAUCCAACCGCGUCAAGAUGUACAUGCCUGAAGGAGGCGGCGUUGCGGAGGAUGAUUGGUUCAACAUGCUCCUGAUUCACCAAAACCGUGUUAAGCACGGCGUCCAGUCGAACGUUCCCGAAGGCAUGUCGAGGGCAAGCCUUACUACAUCACUCAACCCGGAAGCUCAGUCGCCACGAGCCUUGCCCCAGGCGAAGCACUACCAAAGGGACAAGUUCCAGAUCGAGCAGAUCCCACUCAAGACGGUGCGCCCGUUUGAACACGAGGAAGUGCAUCUGGCGGAGGUUGCUGCGUCGGACGAGGCGCCCAUCGACCUGGAAGAUAAGGAUACGAUCACGGCGUAUCUCCGGGAGAAGGUUAAAUGGGAAGAGACUCAUGAUCCCGACACGGAGCAAAUGAUGCUGCCUCUCAUUCGUCUUAAGGUCGAGACCACUGGGGCUAAGGAAAUGACGAACCCGGUCCGCUUUGGACAAGACUACAUUGGCUGUGUCGCAAACCCGCGCGACAUUCUGCAGUACUACCGCAAGAAGCAGAUGGGAGACCGCAAAUCGGCCAACAAGCCGGACAUGCCCGAGUUUGACAUGGAGUGGGAGGGAGAAGAGGGCGUCGAUGGAGAAGAGCCUAUGACUGUUCGUGAUCGAUUGGCAAAACUGGAGAUGUCGAGCUUGGUGAAAGGGUAUCUGAAGGCUCAAGAACUCCAAGUCCUCGCCGAGAACGGCUUGGAGAAUGCCGUCAUGCGCUUUGUCGACAAGGAAGACAAGGACGCCAUCAAAGAGUUAGACGCACUGAAGGGGUUGGGUAAAGACAUGCGCAAGAGGGCUGUUCAUAACGAAGAGGACCUGGAGGAACAUCUGAGUCGAGCGAAAGAAGCAGCUGUCGCGCAGUGGGCGGACCACGAUCCGGCGGAGACACGGACCAAAGGAAAGGGCCGAGCCAAUAAGCGCACCCAGGACUCGGACCAGGAUAGCAUGGCGUACGACAGCAUGAUGGAAGAAGAUGAAGUCGAAGAGCCACCCAAGCGAGCUUCUUCCAAACGAACGACAACUUCGGCCGCGCGGUCAACGAGAACCGCCAAGAAGCAGCCUCUGUUUGACAAGGGUUCGGAGUCGUCAGACCAAGCGUCCGACAACUCGGUAGAGCUGGUUGAGUCCUCACCGGACCCCGCACCUCGCAAGCGGGGUGCCACUCGAGCUGGGCAGACAAAGACGACCAAGGCUGCAUCAUCCUCCUCUUCCAGGGCAACGCCUGCUCCUUCAACUUCCAGGAGGGCGGCUGCUCCGACUGCCCGAGGUAGCGCCCGUGGCCGCGGCCGCAGCAAUGCCGCCAGCGGGGGCACUCAGACUCAAUUGAGCUUCGCAAAAGCUCCGCGCGCAACCGGUCGCAAACUGGUUGACAGCAGCGAUAGUGAAUAG